AUGGCUACCCCGCCUGUACUAGCUUUCGAUGCUGAGGGCCGCCCAGUGAAGUUUGAUACUUGGCUUGAUGACCUGCACCUCUUCCUACAGCUCACUGCCAAGGAGGAUAUCUCACUGUAUGACCACGCCCUCGGCCAUGCUCCUGCCCCUGCUACUGAUGCUGACAGCACUACCCGCUCACAGUGGCAGACUCGUGACGCCCACGCUCGCUUUGCCAUCCGCAACUCCCUGCCGUUAGAUGAGCGCGAGCACUUUGGCCAGUGCAAGACUGCUAGGGACCUCUACACCGCUGUAGUUGCCCGUUACUCCUCACCCGCUUCUGCUACGCUAGGCCGCCUCACUCUUCCCUACCUGUUCCCCGACCUAGCCUCCUUUCACACUGUCGCAGACCUCAUCACCCACCUUAAGACUAUCAGGGACCACUUCCUCUCUCGCUCCCCCACUGAGCUCACUGUUGCCCUCCUCGAGAAGGAACUGCUUGCAGCUGAGGCGAGCAUCGUCGCUGUAGGCACCUCUCGUGGCGACCCCCGCACCCCGUUCUUCGAGGGGUGUUCCCCUUCCCCCCUCCUCCCCUCUGUCGCCUCUGCUGCUGCUGUCGACCUCCUUGGUGCUGAGAAGGUCGGGACCGCGUCUGCUUCGAGCGGGCGCCGCAGGGGCAGAGGGAACAGGGGCGGGGGUGGCGGCGGAGGAGGUGGGGGUGGAGGCGGUGGGAGUGGAGGCGCGGCUGAGGAGGCUAGUGGCGGUAGUGGGGGAGGCGACAGCAGCGGCGGGAGUGGUGGCAGGGGCGGAGGCGACAGCGGAGGCGGAGGUGGUCGUGGUGGCGGCAGGGGUGGAGGUGGCCGGGGCGGAGGCGGAGGGGGUGGUGGUCGUGGGGGCACUGGCGGAGGGCAGAGUCAGCAGCCCGCCCCGACGCUUCAGGCCGCCCGUGAGUGGUAUGCGCAGCGUGGCUUUACCUGCACGUACGUCAUUCGCACAGGUGACCGCACCGGCCAGCAGUGUGGGAGGCUGCACCCCACGCAGCGCUGCUUCGCCCGCCUUACCGACGCGUGGCGCACCCAGUUUCCUACUGCCACUGAGCUGCCGCGCUGGGCUGAGCUGGAAAAGAGGGGUGUUGAUAUUUGGGCUUUAGACUUUGAUGCUAUUCUCACUGCCAUGUAUGCGAUGUCUAUUAGUGGAGAGGGUGCUCAGUACUUGCGUGUUCCGCCCGACCCGGGCAUUCAGGCCAGUCCGGCUGCCGCCCUAGGUGCUAGUGCGUCCGCUCCCGCAGGUCCUGGUGAGGCUGCUGCCCUAGGUGCUAGUGCGUCUGUGCCCCCUGGUACUGAGUCGACUGCAGCACUGCACACCUUCACACUGGACUCAGGUGCUUCUCGCUCUUUCUUUCGUGACCGCACUGUCCUUGAGCCCCUCGCUCGGCCAGUUGCUGUCUCCCUUGCUGACCCCUCUGGGGGUCCGGUCAUUGCGACCUCCUCCACUGUCCUUCCUUGUCCGGCGGUCCCGUCCGGCACGCUGUCCGGUCUCUACCUCCCCUCGUUCUCGACGAACUUGGUGGCAGGUAGUGCGCUCCAGGACGGGGGUGUUCACCAGUUCACCCCUGCCUACGAGCGCGUGACACACUGCACGUGUGCUCGGACGGGUCGCCACCUGGCUACCUUCACUCGGGAGCCGGGGUCGGACCUCUACACACUGACCACUGAGUCCCCUCAGGUAGCUGCAUCUGCGUCUGCGUCUGCGUCAGGUCAGCUGUCCGCCCCCUGCUCGUGUCGCUCUCUGGCGCAUGAGACUGUCCUUUGGCACCACCGCCUUGGUCACCCGUCUGUGCAGCGCCUUCGUGCCAUGCACAAGCGGGACCUUGUUGCUGGUCUUCCCAGGGUGCUCCCUCCCCUUCCCGACUCGCCUGCUCCUCCCUGUAUUCCCUGUGUCGAGGGACGGCAGCGCGCCGCUCCUCACUCCUCCUCCUUUCCCCCGACGACUGCCCCCUUGCAGACGCUCCACAUGGACGUGUGGGGCCCAGCCCGCGUCCGUGGUCAGGGUCAGGAGAGGUACUUCCUGAUUGUUGUUGACGACUUCUCGCGCUACACCACGGUCUUCCCCUUGCGCGCCAAGGGUGACGUCCCUGAUGUCUUGAUCCCUUGGAUCCGCAGAUCUCGUCUCCAGCUCCGUGAGCGUUUCCGCUCCGACUUCCCUGUCCUGCGUCUGCACUCUGACAGAGGUGGGGAGUUCUCCUCUGGCCUAUUGGAGGCCUUCUGUCAGCAGGAGGGCAUUGAGCAGUCGUACACGCUUCCGGACUCUCCACAGCAGAAUGGGGUUGCUGAGCGCCGCAUUGGUCUGGUCAUGGAGGUCGCUCGUACCUCCUUGAGCCAUGCGGCUGCCCCCCAUUUUCUGUGGCCGUUUGCAGUCCGAUACGCUGCGCAUCAGCUCAACCUCUGGCCCCCUUUUGUCCGCGACACGUCCGCGGACAAGCUCUCCCGUCGCGCUGUCCCCUGCGUCUUCCUUGGCUUUGUCCCGGACGCCCCUGGUUGGCAGUUCUACCACCCCACCUCGCGGCGUGUCCUGGCCUCUCAGGACGUCACUUUUGACGAGUCCGUCCCCUACUACCGCCUCUUCCCCUACCGCACUGCCCCGCUCCCCCCCCCCCGCCUCUCUUCCUCGCUCCAGGUAGACCCGGGUGAGCCUGUCGAGGUAGCUGUUGACUCUCGUCCUGCUCGGGGUGCUGAGCCUGGAGGUGCUGCGUCUGGGGGUGCUGAGCCUGGGGGUGCUGCGUCUGGGGGUGCUGAGCCUGGGAGUGCUGGGUCUGGGGGUGCUGAGCCUGGGGGUGCUGGGUCUGGGGGUGCUGCGUCUGGGGGUGCUGAGCCUGAGCGUGCUACACCUGGAGGAGCCCUCUCCUCCCAGCAGCUGCAGGAGAGGUACCUCGAGUACUGCCGCCUCCGGAGAGGUGCUGCUGGAGCUCGUCCCGGUACUUCCCCUCCUACCCAGGAGCUCCCCCCCAUUCAGCAGAUCCGCGAGUGGUACACACGGCGCUGCAGUCUUCGGAGUGGUGCUCCUGGUGCUGCGGACCCUGGGGGUGGCGCUGCUGCUGGUGCUGAGGACCCGGACGUGGGAGCUGCUGCUGGUGCUGCGGACCCGCCUGGUGGAGCUACUGCUGGUGCUGAGGACUCGGACGUUGGAGCUGCUGCUGGAGCUGAGGACCCGGGCGGUGGCACUGCUGCUGGUGCUGAGGACCCGGACGGUGGAGCUGCUGCUGGUACUGAGGACUCGGACGGUGGAGCUGCUGCUGGAGCUGAGGACCCGAGCGGUGGCGCUGCUGCUGCUGCUGAGGACCCGGGCGUUGGAGCUACUACUGGCCCUGAGGACCCGGCCGGUGGAGCUGCUGCUGGUGCUGUGGACCCGGCCGCUGGAGUCUCCUCUGCUUCUGGAGACGCUGCGCGGCCGCGACCGUACUUUGUACCGCUCCUUCAGCAGGUUCUUGGGCAGGCUCCUCCUCCUUGUCCUCCUCCCUCCGUAGAGUGUCCUCUGCCUGUCCAGCCGCAGUUACCGUUACCGCCUACCUCGCCUCUCCCUGCUCCCUCUCCUUACACUGGUCCCACAGGAGGUCUUACAGAGCGUCGUGAGCCUGAGUCUCGUCCUGCGUCGCCUGUUCGUCCUGCUCGCACUGGUAGUCGUGUCCGUCGUGAGCGUCCUCCUCCUGUCCCAGGCACUCACUACAUGACUCUGCGUCCCUCUACUGCUCCUCAGCGUGUCCCUCUACCGUCUCCUCCCGCGUCUUCUUUGCCUCACGUUCCGGACCCUGAGUCUGACCGGUACCGUGCUGAGCACCCUACUGUCACGCGUCUCCUCGCUACUGUUGUCACUGACCCUACCUUUGAGUCCUCGACUGCGUCUGCUCUGGUCGCUGAGUUGGUUGACUUUGCUGCUGCCUGUCGUCUAGACUACGCUGCUAGCCUUGUUGCUGAGUCUGAGUCUGAGUCUGUCUGUCCUCCGUCCGUCGGGGGUGAGUGUGCUCUUGGCACGGACGUCCUUGAGGAUAGACAGGAGGAGUUCCAGUGUCUUGCUGCUGCUUUGCCCCGUCUCGUGUCCUUGCUAGUUGCCCCUGAGGGAGACCCGGAUGCACCAGACAUCCCGACCCCACGCACUUACGCUGAGGCGAUGGCGGGUCCCUACUCCUCUCAGUGGCAGACGGCCAUGGACGCCGAGAUGGCUUCCUGGAAGUCCACACGCACCUACGUCGACGAGGUUCCCCCUCCUGGGGCGAACAUCGUCAGUGGCAUGUGGAUUUUCAGGGUGAAGCGGCCGCCGGGUUCUCCGCCUGUCUUCAAGGCGCGUUACGUGGCUCGAGGCUUCAGUCAGCGAGAGGGAGUUGACUUCUUCCAGACCUUCUCCCCCACCCCGAAGAUGACCACUCUUCGGGUGCUGCUGCACAUAGCCGCUCACCGCGACUACGAGCUUCACUCACUUGACUUCAGCACUGCUUUCUUGCAGGGCAGCCUGCACGAGGAGAUCUGGCUGCGCCGCCCACCUGGCUUCACUGGGUCGUUUCCUCCUGGUACCCAGUGGAGGCUUCAGCGGCCGGUCUACGGUCUCCGCCAGGCUCCGCGUGAGUGGCACGACACACUGAGGACUACACUUGCGGCUCUUGGGUUCGCGCCUUCUACAGCUGACCCGUCGCUGUUCCUGCGCACCGACACUUCGCUGCCGCCGUUCUACAUCCUCGUGUACGUCGACGACUUGGUCUUUGCCACUGCUGACACUGCAGGACUCGCCUACGUGAAGUCGGAGCUGCAGAGGAGACACACGUGCACAGACCUGGGUGAGCUGACAAGCUAUCUUGGCUUGCGGAUCACCCGGGACAGAGCACGGCGCACCAUCACCUUGACUCAGUCACACAUGGUGCAGCAGGUUCUCCAGCGCUUUGGCUUCACGUACUCCUCGCCUCAGUCCACUCCUCUGCCUACCGGUCACUCGCUCUCAGCUCUGCCUUCGGAUGAGUCCGUAGAGCCAAGUGGCCCGUAUCCAGAGCUUGUGGGCUGCCUCAUGUACCUGAUGACCUGCACUCGACCUGACCUUGCAUACCCUCUUAGCAUCCUUGCACGCUAUGUCGCUCCUGGCCGUCACAGGAAGGAGCACAUGGAUGCCGCUAAGAGGGUGUUGCGCUACUUGUGCAGUACGUCGGGCAUGGGGCUUGUGCUUGGAGGGCGAGACCGAGUUGUGCUCACAGGGCACUCAGACGCUUCUUGGGCAGACGACCAGGCCACUCAGCGGUCGUCUCAGGGUUACACCUUCAGCCUUGGCUCUGGCUCAGUUUCUUGGCGCUCUACACGCUCUUCUUCUGUUCUCGGCUCCAGUUGCGAGGCUGAGAUCUACGCUACAGCCAUGGCUGCCCAGGAGCUACGCUGGCUGACCUACCUGCUGACUGACCUCGGAGAGCCGCCUCGUUCUCCUCCAGUACUGUACGUCGACAACAAGGCUGCCAUUGCCUUGUGUGAGGAGCACAGACUGGAGCACAGAACGAAGCACAUCGCUCUGCGGUACUUCCUUGCUCGAGAGCUGCAGCAGCGCGGUCAGCUUUGUAUUCGCUACGUGGCCACUGAGGCCAACACUGCUGAUGUGUUCACCAAGGCGCUUCAGCCUCGUGACCAUCAGCGCUUCUGCACUCUGCUAGGCCUUGUGCCUACUGGACCUCACCUGCUUACCUCUUGA